AUGUCAAAGUUAAUAGUAAGACUGUCGGUCUGCCUUGUCUUCCACUGCAUUUUAUAUCCACCUUGCAUUCCUGCUCCAACAUGGGACUCUGCUUCUGCUUUGAAUGGGUCUCCCAGGAACAAGCUGCUGCUCAUCUCUUUCGAUGGCUUCCGCUGGGAUUACGACCGGGAUAUCGAAACCCCCAAUCUGGAUAAAAUGGCUAAAGAUGGCGUUAAGGCGCUUUACGUCACACCGCCUUUCCUCACCAUCACUAGCCCGGCUCACUUCUCGCUUCUUACAGGAACCUACGUAGAGAAUCACGGAGUAAUACACAACAUUUGGUUUAACACAACCACUCAGGAGAAAAAGCAGUACCAUGCGGCUCAGUUCGUUGAUUCCUAUUGGGACAAUGGCAGUUUACCUAUCUGGAUAACAGCACAGAGACAGGGACUAAAAGCAGGCUCUCUGCAUUUUCCUGGCACAGCCGCAACAUACAAAGGAGAGACUGUCCAAGUGAGGCAGGUGGAGCCGCCAAUCUAUAACCACGGAAACGAGACGGAAUGGAGGCUAAACAUAGAUAAGGUGAUUGGAAAAUGGUUCCACCAACAGGACUUGGACUUUGUCUCCUUGUAUUUUGGCGAACCGGAUUUGGUCGGACAUAAAUUUGGACCGGAUUCUCCAGAGCUCAGGCAGAUGGUGCAGCAAGUGGAUCGUACUGUAGGCUACAUUCGGGAUAAGAUCCAUGAACACGAUCUAACGGAGCGACUCAACGUGAUCAUUACUUCUGACCACGGGAUGGCUAGAAUACUACCGGAUAAACAAAUUCAGAGGAUCGUCUUGUCAAAAAUCCCGGGCUUCAGCUUCAAUGAUAUUCAGUUUCAACUUCUGGAUUACGGCCCCGCUGGAAUGUUGCUUCCCAAAGAAGGUCAAUUAGAGAAAGUAUAUAAGGCUCUGAAGGGAGGCCACCCUCACCUUCACGUGUAUAAAAAGGAGGAGGUGCCAGCACGACUGCGUUAUAGCUCACAUUCAAGACUCCUUCCCCUCAUCCUCAUGUCUGAUCCCGGAUAUGUGAUAAGCGGGUUUUUACCAUUGCAAUUUAACAAAGGAGAUCACGGCUUUGAUAAUGAAGCCAUGGAUAUGAAAGCCUUCUUCAGAGCCGUGGGGCCCGAUUUUCAGAAAAACCUGAUCGUCGAUCCAUUUGACCUGGUUAACGUGUACCCGCUGAUGUGCCAUUUGCUCAGAAUUAAACCAGAACGCAAUGAUGGACACUUGGACAAAACCAAACACAUGUUGAUCCACGAGGAGAACACAGGAAGCGACCAUAAUGCUGCGGAGAGCCACGCUGAAAUGGAAGCGCCGAUAGGCUUGGCAUUCAUGAUAGGAUUCCUCUUCCUUAUAUUUAUCCUCACCAUUUCCUACAACAUGUGCAAAAGGACAAAAGCUUGA